AUGAUAGCUCUAGAACCAGAACAGUCGAUGCCGAAAGAGGUACCGAAAGUGGAGCCGACGAGCUCCCGGGCGCCUCUUCAGCGGGCAAGCGCUGUUAGUCAAAAAUCCGUCGAAAUUGUGGUCCACCCGGAGGGAUCCAAUAAUCCCUUGCACAGGUCAAAACUGGCCCCGAGUCGAUCGUCUUCGGAGACGCAGUCGACGGGGAAGAAAAUACUCAAUUUGAGGAAGACCAAAAAUUCUUCUAUAGAGAGUACGAUGAGUCUUCCUAACCAGAAGUCUUUGGAGAAGAAGCAUGGGAGUCUGCGACACCAGAAGACGAUCAGUGCACAUUCUGACGUCACCCUGAGCACGCAGCAGUCGAUGACUGACGACAGGAAGGCGCUCAGGGAAGCACUUUAUCAGGGUAUAUUUCACAGGCAUAGACGAACUAUAUUCGCUGUUGGUUCUUUCCUUAGAAUGCUUAAAUCCAAAACUUCUAAUUACGACUCGAUAAGAUCGGACUCCGAUGAGAUAUAGCACGAGUAGAGCGUAGUUAUUCCAAUUUUUUAUAGUAGAACAUGGUGCCACAGACUGAUCAACGGAUCGUGCUUUUGUAUGGAGAGAGUAAUCAAAUAAAGUGAUGAUUAUUAGGUACUUUGUAAGACUUUUAUUUUGUAUUGAAAUGUUCCUACAUUAGUUUGGAUAAUUGUUUGUUAACCCCGCUUGUAUUGGACGGCGAACUAGUAUACUUAGAGCUGUAUCAAUGGUUGUUAUUAUUUAUAAAUUGGUUGCGUUAGUGAAGUACACGAGCUAUAGAGUAACAUUGUAAAUCACCUAACUAAAAUACCUAAAGUAUAAAGCUGAGUUUGACGUCAAUAUUGGUAAGUAGAUAAAUAAAUACUUAGGUAAUUAACUAAAGUUAUUUGACGACAUUUUCAGUAAAACAAUACAGUCAAUAAGUAAAUAAUUUUAUAUUAUUUUUUAUGAAUCAAGUGUUUUUGAUUUGAAAUUCUAUGUUCCAUACUCGGUCUGAUACAAAAUCUAAGUACUCAUAGUGCCCUCUUUGGUACAGUCAUGAGCAAUAUCAUGUACCCACUUUAGAACCCUGUCGCACUAUCACAUUUGACAUUUAAUGAGGAUUACGGUUUAAUUUGUUAAAAAAGUUAAUGUGACAUGGUUGCAAAGUGUAUACAUAUUAGUACUCGUGACCGUACACUUCAACCGAUCAAAUCAAAUCAGUUUAUUUGCGAGAGCACACAAAAUACAAAAAGGUUGUAAAAUAAUUUAUAUAAGAGUGUUGUGAUGUUUUCAGCCUGCACACAGCGUACCUGGUCUACGAAUAUUAAAAAAAAUAAUAAAGGAAUGGUACGUCGAAAAGAACAUAACUACUUAUUGUCAUUAAAAAUUAUACUUAUUACAAAAUUUAACGAUAUUUUCUCGUGAAUUUAACGAUUCACGAUGUUAUAAAUAAAAAAAUGUCAAGUCAAUAGUACUUACUCUAAACCGACGAGCAUACGUCUUUGAUGAGUGAAAGAGUGCAACGACCACGGAAUUCCACUUGCUUACCCGAACUCCCGGUCUAAUAUAAAAACAAACCUACUUCCUUAAAGAUAGGUAUGUGUGGAAACCCUAAUGAUAUAACAUCUAUCAAGUACCAUUUUAAAGGCAAAUAGGUACACUGGUAGGUACUACCAUUCUGAUAAAAGCAAUGUGCCUAAUCUUCUUCCAUUGCAAAUAGAAACAUGAAUUAUUCUGGCAAAAUUGGUUUGUCAUUGACAUCGAAUAGUAGAAGGUCAAUGUGUGUUUGUGUAGUGUUUAUUUAAAUUGAUGUUCUUUCACAGUAGGUACGUAAGCAACGUAACGUAAUAGUGUAAGUCGGAAUUUUAUUUUCACAGUAGGACCAAACCGCUUUUUAAAUAAGAAGAAAAUCCAUAAGUAUUUAUAUAAAUAGUGCCUAGUGCACUCUCAUAGACUUAAAACCUAACUAAUGAGUGAAAAUGCUAUUAUGCAGAUUUCGUUCUACAGAUUUAACCUCAUAAUUUGUCGUUGCUCAGGUGCCGUACAUAAUUAUUUAAAAAUAUAAUGUAAUGGCUGAAGUACUUAAGUUAAAAUUUCCAGUAAGUAUUUAUUUUAAAUAAAACAUAGAUCAUUCGUGAAAAAAUCAACAAAAAAAUCAGUCAAACUUUCCAGUCUUGUAUAUUUUGUAUAUUUUUCAUUAAUAUUGUUUACCUGACAAACUUUUUUAAAGUGAUUGAAAAGCACUAUUGAAGUUUAUAAAGAAAAUGACAAUCGAUUUAUUUUUUCAGUUAGCGUCCGUGAAACUUUGUAGACACAUCACUAAAAAGUCAAUGACGUAAAAAUACAGCACGGCAACCUAAUGAAUCGGUUCAAUGCCGUAGGGAUGUUAAAUGUAAAAAAAUAAAGCAUAGCUACUUACCUAUUAUUAUUUGAAACGUAAAGGAUGCAUUGGAAUAAUCAUAUUUCAUAUUUAUUAUUGUAAUCGUACAAAUUAAAAUAAAAUGUGAAAGUAUUUUUUGUAAUUUCACGUUUAUUUUACUUUACAAUUUUAUUAUGGAUAUGAAUCGUGAAUUAACAAUAUUUGAAAAACAAUAUUCAUAUUAAAAAUAUUUUACUCGUAAAAAAUAUGUCAGAAAAAGUACUUUUUGAGUCAAUCCUAAGUUUUUCUUUUUUUUUAUAUAAUAUGUAAUCGCUCCGCUACCGUCACACAUCCCUAGUAGAUAUUUCCAUAUUGCGUGACCCGGCACAGUCAAGGACGUAUGGCUGGUACAAUACAAUAUACCUGCCUGCUUACCUUGGCAUAUUGUACAGGGACGAUUGUCACUAGCGUUGUCGUAAAGAUCGCGUCAGAUUAACGGUAGUUAGCUUGAAUAAAUGGCUUUACAGAUUUAAUGGUGGAAUGUGUCAAAAUCGUAAAAUUUUCCAGCUUAAUCGACUUUGAGCACGACAGUAGCGCCGCCUAGCGUUCGAAACUAUUUGGGACUAUUCAAAUAGGUACUAAUGCUUUUACAACUAUAUAGUAUAUUAUCAUUAUUUAAAGUGGAAAAGUAAAUGAGUAUUGAAUUUAUUAAAUUAUAAAAAUCGCAGGAAAAAUCAAUGUAAUUUUGACAAUCACUCUAUUCGAAUUUAAUAACAUUUUUGCCACCGGCUGCGCGGGAUUUUCUUUGCAUUUUCAUACAAGAAAAACUCAAUUUAUAAUUUUUUAAAACCCUAAAAUUACCGAACCAAUUUCAAUUGUUAUUAAAAGCAAUGUUACUCUAUAGCCAGUCCAAAAUUAGACCAUAAGGUAAUUAAAAUUUCAUAUUAUAUUUACUUGAAUUGAAUGUUUUUUCAAAAUGAAAAAAGCUUGCACCAAAUAAUAAAAAUUUACAUAAUAUUUUAGUAGUUUUUGGGUAAUUAAUGAGUAAUAUUUAAAACAAAAAGUUAACUUAUUUUCAACGCACUGUAGUAGAAUGAAAUUUAGAAUUUUCAUGCACUAACAUUGAAUUCAAGUAAAAAUGAUGCUUCAAAACGAAUAUAUUAUAGAGCUUAUACGUAGUGAAAAAUAUCCAUUUUCAUACAAACAUACACAUAAAAUUAUAUAUUAUUAUAUACUCGAGUAGAUUUGUAUUUUUUUGCAUCAUUGGUAGUUUAGUGGUUAGUAGCGGAACAAUGGAUUGUUGAGACACAUUUUUGGAACAUUUUAUGAUGCACUUUUUUAUAUAUUUGUACAUCAAAAAAGAAAAAAGUUUUUUGUAAGACGUGCGCUGUUGUGAAGUGUAGAUUUUUUUAAAAGUAUGUUGUUGGCGGUGAAAACUAGGAUAAUACAAAAAAAAAAAAUUGUAUACAAGUAUAAGCAUUUUUUUAUUUUGAAACUUGCCAAUAACCAUCAGAAAACCUUUGUGUUUUUUUUUUAUAAAAAUGCAAUAUUUAAAACUGACCAAAGAAAAAAUUUUCACCGCCAAUAUUAUAAUUAAGUAUAUAUAUGUAUAUAAAGUAUACUAUGAGCUUUGUAAUUUUAUUAUAUAUAUAUAAGAUAUAAGUAGAUAGCUUUUUUACAUUAGUGAGUAGGCAACUUUAAUUUUUGAAAUAUAUAAUGAUAAUAAUAUGUAUGCGAAUUUUUGUUAAGGUUUAUAGGUAAUAAUAAUAAGUUUUUGUAUAUUUUUCCUAUUAAUACGUAAUUUUUAUUAAUAUUUUUAUACAGGGUGUUGGCUGUAAAGCAAGUAAUAGUGAUAUAAGUAUAUUUGACUUCUUAUUUUUCAACCUUAGGUCUUAUUCUUUUGUGUAAGUUACUUAUACCUAAUUGACAUAUUUUUUAUAUUUAUAAUUAAGUAUUUCAGUUUUUAAGAUUUUUUUUAUACGUAUUAUUCCAUCGAUCAAAAUAAAUGUAUAAAAAGUUUGUCGAUUAUAAUUAUAUUAUUAUAAUAAGAUAUGACCACCCUGUAUAAAUGGUUUUGUUAAAGUUUCUUAAGUAAGUCAAAAAAUGUUAACAAUUAUUGUUAAAUUAAUUUUAAACUUAUUACACAGUAGUAGUUGUUACUAACAAUGUUUUUUAUAAGUAAGCAAUUAAUUAAAAUACGUUACUAUUUGUUAUUUAAACUCUCUUAUUGGGUUUUUGAGAAAUAAUUUCAGACAGCAAAAAUUGGUUUAUGUAAUAGUAUAAGUAAGUUAUUAAAUUCUUAAACAAUUUUGCAAAUUUAGUAGGAACAUUCCUUAAUUUUAAAUCAAAAAAUGUCCGUUAAGAGUACAGUAAAGAAAAAAGACUGCGUGUAUAUUGAAAUUAUGAAAAUUUGCUGAAAAUGAAUGUCUUUUCUUUCUGUAACGAACUUUGAUUACGUAAAUACAUAACUGGCAUUAUUCCUA